AGAACUUCAAGCAUGGCGUCCUCGUACUAUCAGGAGAUGCAGGAGGUGUUCAGGAAUAACAAUAAAAGCAGAGAGUUCCCGGCUCACAGUGCUAAAGUGCACUCGGUGGCCUGGAGCUGUGAUGGAAAACGACUGGCGUCCGGUUCGUUUGACAAAACUGCCAGCGUAUUUGUCCUGGAAAAAGACCGACUGGUGAAGGAAAACAACUACCGUGGGCAUGGAGACAGUGUGGAUCAGCUGUGCUGGCAUCCCACCAACCCUGAUCUGUUCGUUACUGCAUCAGGAGACAAGACCAUCCGCAUCUGGGAUGUGCGGACCACCAAAUGCAUGGCCACAGUCAGCACAAAAGGGGAGAAUAUCAACAUUUGCUGGAGUCCUGAUGGUCAGACCAUCGCUGUAGGUAACAAGGAUGAUGUUGUAACGUUCAUUGAUGCCAAAACACACCGUCCACGUGCUGAGGAGCAGUUCAAGUUUGAGGUCAACGAAAUCUCCUGGAAUAAUGACAAUGACAUGUUCUUCCUGACCAACGGCAAUGGAUGCAUCAAUAUAUUAAGUUACCCUGAACUGAAGCUCAUCCAGUCAAUUAAUGCCCAUCCAUCCAACUGCAUCUGCAUUAAGUUUGAUCCGACUGGGAAGUAUUUUGCCACUGGAAGUGCAGAUGCCCUGGUCAGCCUGUGGAACGUGGAGGAGCUGGUGUGUGUGCGAUGCUUCUCAAGACUGGACUGGCCUGUACGAACUCUUAGCUUCAGUCAUGAUGGUAAAAUGCUGGCAUCUGCAUCAGAAGACCAUUUCAUUGACAUAGCAGAAGUAGAGACAGGGGAGAAACUGUGGGAAAUUCAGUGCGAGUCUCCAACCUUCACUGUAGCCUGGCAUCCGAAGAGGCCGCUGUUAGCAUAUGCCUGUGACGAUAAAGAGGGCAAAUACGACAGCAACCGAGAAGCGGGCACCGUCAAACUCUUCGGCCUUCCCAAUGAUUCCUGAGGUCCGUUUACACAUAUUAAGAUAAAAUUGAGAUGUUAUUCGAGCAAAUUAAUUUUCAUUAGACUUAUUGUUUUAAAGUAAAUUUGUAAAUAGUUAAAAGAUAUUCUGAUGUUCUGCUCUCAUAUUAGUUUUUGGUUUAAAGUACAGGUGUAAAUAACUACUGCCUGCAGCUCCUCUGAAUAUGAGUUUUUAUUUGUCUUUUACCAAAAUAUGACUGUGUGAUAAUACAAAAACAAAGUUUAAUGUAGAAUCUGUGCAGAAUACUUAAAAAAAAUCUUGUGAUUUAGUACAGCACGCUGUUCUUGUUUUCAAUAAUUGACCAUUGCUGUUUUUGAGAAAAAUUGAGAUAAAACUGUAAUGCUAGUUUUAGAAAUGACCAGCAGAGGGCAUCACAUGCUCAAAGAAAAGAUGUCUCAUUGCUAAUACAGGCAUUUUUGAAUGUGUGUUUGUUUUUAUAGCAAUAAAUUAUGUACUUUAUUUUUAAAAUGAA